AUGCGACUAAAUACUGCUACCAAUACAGCUCAAAAGUACGAGGUCCCAGUAACGCGUAAGAGAGCGCGCGCUCAUGUGAAAAUAGAAGUUGAGGAAGAGACAAAAGCCAAAGACAGGACGGUGAUAAAAAAUAUAAAGACGAUUCUAAUUGAGGACGAAUCCGAGAAAAAAGUAUUACCAAAGAAAAUGCGUAAGAAGAACGAUCAGCUAAAUAACGCGGUACCUGAUAAUUGGGAAUACGUUUAUAAUGGUAUCAAAGAGUAUCGAAAGAGGGUAACGGCUCCUGUUGAUACGAUGGGAUGUGAACGAUUGGCUGAUGAACCCAGUGAAACUGUCACUGCCGAGACGUCUCGCUUCCAGUCUUUAGUAGCAUUGAUGCUCUCUUCGCAAACCAAAGAUACAGUUACUGCAGCAGCGAUCAAGAAUUUGCAACAGAGACUGCCAAAUGGACUAACGUUACAGAGUGUAUUGGAUGCUGACGAGGAAUUUAUUGACGCGUGCAUAUCCAAGGUUGGCUUUCACAAGCGAAAGGCUAUGUAUAUAAAGCAAGCAGCUGUUAUCUGCCGAGAUUUGUAUGGAGGGGAUAUACCAGACACUGUGGAAGGAUUGAUGAAUUUACCCGGAGUAGGACCCAAGAUGGCAUAUCUUUGUAUGCAAGUCGCAUGGAAAAAAAAUCAAGGAAUAGGUGUUGAUGUGCAUGUACACCGAAUAAGCAACCGUCUUGCCUGGUGCAAAACGGAAAAAGGAGGACCAGAAGCAACAAGAAAAGCGCUUGAAUCAUGGCUACCGCAGAGUCUUUGGUCGGAAAUAAACCCGCUUUUCGUCGGAUUUGGUCAGGUAUCAUCUAUAUGUCCGUCGACUGAGGUCAAGGCAGCAAUUGCCAAGGGUAAAUUAACGCGUUUCGACUGA